AUGUCGGGAGAAGGAUGGCUUUUCCUGCUCUCGGUCCUGCUUUCGGCGGUCCUUCUCUUCACUAUGGUUUUCUUCAUCAUCAUGUUCUCCGAUCUCGAAUGCGACUACAUCAACCCUAUUGAUCUUUGCAAUAAGCUCAAUCAGUUCAUUCUCCCCGAAAUGGCAGCACACGCAGUGCUCACCCUGUUCUUCCUACUCAGCGGGCAAUGGCUUGCCUUCCUACUCAAUGCUCCUCUCGUCGCAUUCAACGUCAACAAAGUCAUGAACAAAAACCAUACCUUGGACGCCACAGAGAUCUUCCGCACCUUGUCUCAACAUAAGAAGGUCUGCUUUAUCAAACUCGGCUUCUACCUCGUCAGCUUCUUCUACUACUUGUACAGGAUGAUCCUUGCGCUCAUCGCCGACACCGAAUAA